AACCUAAUCUCACCCCACCGUCACUCCACACCGCCACUCCCUUGCCCCAACCAUAUCCCCUUCAGAAAGAAAAAAAAAAGAAAAAAACAGGAAAAAAAGAAAGUGAAAGAAACGCAGAACAUAGAGGAAAGAAGAGAGGGACAACCGCACCGCCACAUGCCCCCGCGCCGUCAUCACGCCGCCGCCACGGUUCCGAGGAGCUGCUACGCGAGGAGCCCUGGUUCGUUCACGAGCCGCUAUCAUGCACGAGCAGAGGAGAGAGAUCGGGCAGAGAGAGAGGCGCGAGGAGGAAGAAGGGAUUCACGCUGCCAACUGUGCCGCCACCGCCGCGGGAGGGUCGCCGUCGUUGUGCUCGCCAUCGUCGUCCUCGCCGCACCGUCAUCCUUGCUGCGCCGUCGUCCUCGCCGCGCCAUCGUCGAGCCCACUGAGCAGAAGUUUAUCGCCGCCAUUCGCGCCACUAUCGCCGUUCGAGAAGCUUCCAUGGCCGUUGCCAUCGAGUUCACAAGUGAGAGAAGAGAAAGUUGCAGGUGAGAGGGAAAGGUGUUGCGCCGCGUUCUUUACUGCGCAGCCACCGCCACGCCUUGCCGUCGCCGGAGUUGCCACCGCUGCUUCUCACCGCCGAGGAAAAGCCUGGCCUACGUUGCUGCCUUCCGGGCCAGAUCUACCGAUUAAUGCUACUGCCACCACUGACUUGUCAUUUCUGCUUGGCUGUGCCCUUAUUCGCCGUUCUGAUUGUUGAAAGAAAAUGUUAUCGAAGCUAUAGUUUCUCCGUUGCCCAUUCUCUUGUUUCUUUUUAGAGGAUGCUUGGAAUACAAAUCAUGACGUAGCUGCUGCAUAAUAAGGUGGAAAGAGGGUUUGUCGCGAUAAAAUCGCUGCGGGUUUGAUUCUUUGAGCUUUACCUUUUCAGGAACCGGAUGAAGAAGCAUUAAAAAGAGUUAAACUGCGUUUGGUUUUUUUUAUGUUGCUGUAUUAAUUAGAUUAUUUUCUUCCCUCUUCUUUGUUAUUACAAUUUUGUAAGAGGGAUAAGAGUUGUAUGUUUUAUAUAUAUUAUAUUAUAAAAUAUUAUGUAAGAAGUCUUGUAUAUGAAUCUAGGUCUGCUUGUUUUUUUAAGAUAAAGUAUUUAUUUCCGGUUUUAAAAAAAAUCAGCGAUAUAGUGUUGAGUCAUAGGUUCCUAUUUUAAUAUUAAGUAUAUAAAGUAGUUGUAAUACUUCUUCCAAUCAGAAUGACGCAGCCGGAAGCGUGACAUUCUGAUAGUGAAAGUGUUACAAAAAAUACGAGAGACAAACCCUUAAAAAAUACUAAGGAAAAAAAAAAGAUAAAACAUGCUGAUCCAAUAAAUUUAAUUUAUUUCAACCAUCUAAUUUU